AUGGUGUGUUGUUCGUCGUGCUGUGUGCCAGCUGGUGGCAGCGGUGAGUGGAGCCGCCAGAGCGGGAAGGGCACGCGCAGGGUGACCACCCACGAAGACGUCCACGAACGUUUAUUUGUCUUGUCACGGCGGCGGAAGUGCACUUGCCAGGCGCCUCUUCGUGUGGAUGAGGAUGACAGCGAUGACAACAACUGCACCUUCACGCCUGCAAUUAACCGCACACAUGAGGCACUGCUUGCUCGAUGGGCGGAGGGUGUAACUGUGUUUGAGCGGCUUUACGGCAAUGCACUUUAUUUACAGCGGCGAAGGCAACAGCUGCAAGAGUCAAUGGCUCUCGAGAGAGGCUACCCAGUGCGGUCCGCAUUUACGUCAAGGAGUUGGUCUUUGGCGGCGGCGCCGCAGCCAGAAUCCGUGGUCUACGAGGCACCCCACGGUGUCACUAGCAAUAUGUUAGUGAAGAGUGGGACGAGAGUGAGGUCACCCCUUUGCUUGCAGGAGAAGGAGCAACGAGGGCGUCCUACACGUGCGACGAUGCGAACUUGA